AUGCUUUUUCAAAGUAUAACAAACAUUGCGUUUCUUGCCAUAGGCGUGCAAGCGUCAGCUGCCUUUGCCAAAGCCACGCCACAGAAGGAAAAGCCAGUAACGUCGUCACCCAUCAACUCUGAAUUCAUCGGCUGUCUAGAUGGAGGAUUCAAGCCUGUGGGGGGCAAGUCAAUCAAAGACAUGGAAGCUAGAAAGUCGUAUUAUGAGUGCUCAAAUGUUUGCCAGAGCAAUGGCAACUAUCCUUACGCCUACUUUACCAAUAUGGGCAAGGGCGUCCAGAGGUGUGUCUGCUCAUUGAUGGGUCCCACGCCUGCAGACUACGUAACUCAGCCUUUGGGAUCGUUUGGGUGCAGAUUGGGUCAGACUCGGGCUGCCAUCACCCAGACUGACCACCACUUUAUCGUCUGCUCCUCUGGAUUCAUCGGCGAAUUUGAGAAUGCCGGCACCUACUACUCUCCCUCGGAUUGUCUGGAAGUGUGCGAGGGGCAAGGAGGUGCGCUCGUCAUGCCAGUGUCCAACGGCUUCCGAUGUCGAUGCGGCGAUGUCAGCUCGGUCAAGAGCGUCUCGGCAUGUGGUGACCCGGGCGUCGAAUUCUCAUAUGUGUACAAGCCCAAGAACAAGAAGCCCAAAGGAAAGGUCGCAACCAGCGCGCAGGGGAAGAAGAAGCUGGGUAAGGGCAAGAAGGUGUAUGACGAUCCUUGCGACGAUCCGGACUCAAUCUUGGGCUAUUGUGGGUUUGGGGACGACGACACUCCUGUCUUCCAUGAGCAUGGCUCCUUGUAA